GUUUCUGUACUUUUUCCAGGCCUGAAUUUCACAGUUUUGAAAAUCCCUGAUAUUUCCAUGUUUUCCAUGAUUGCGGAGGUCCUGUUUCUUCAUAGGGAACAACCAUGGAAAGCUUUUUUGUAUCCAAUACUUUAAGGUAUCUGCCUAGAAAUUAAGCUUCAUAAAUAGUCCUAUCCUUAAAAAACUUCCCCUGUCAAAUCCAUUUUACAAAGUGCAGGCAAUCUGAUGAAUUGAUAUGACUGUUAUGUGAUGACUUGGAGAGGCUGAUGCGCUUUCCAUCCUGCAUCCCUGCGGCUCCAGGUGCAGAGUCCCUCCCCUAAUUUCUGCAAUGUGACGCUAGGCUCACUCAGCGCUACACAGUCUUGCCUGAUCACCGGGAAAAGCGUUUGGAAGGCUUCAGUAGUCAUCCAGUCUGGAGUGCGCAUGCGCGGCGCUGCAGCGGUGUUUCCGCGUUGAGUGGAGAGGGGAAGGGAGCGAGCGAGAGAGAGAGAGAGGAUAGAGGGAAUUUGAGACGCAGCGGGACGCCGAGUCAGAAUAAACGGACACACCACAAACGCUAAUAAAAAAAAUAUAAAUAAAAUCAACGUUCACAACUCAAGCCUUUAGCCAUGGAGGAUACCAUGAAAAACACUUUAAAAUGUGAGCUUUAAAGAGAGGUGCUGCAGAAACGAGCGAGAGCGGCUUCCCCCCUCAUCAUCCACGGCUGAUCUCGACUCAUGUGCUCCCGUCCUCCUCCGUCACUCGCACCGGGGGGAAAAAUGAAGAAGUUUAAUAUCCGUAAGGUGCUGGACGGCUUGACGGCCGUAUCGUCCCCUUCUCCAUCCCCGCAGCUCGGGUCCAAGGAAAACGAGCUCAUCCCGGAGACGCUCCAGUCUGAACACUUCCAGCUCUGCAAGACUGUGCGCCAUGGCUUCCCCUAUCAGCCGUCCUCUAUGGCAUUCGACCCUGUCCAGAAAAUCCUUGCCAUUGGGACUCAGAGUGGAGCUUUGCGAUUAUUCGGCCGACCCGGUGUGGAGUGUUACUGUCAGCACGAGAGUGGAGCAGCCGUCAUCCAGCUACAGUUUCUCAUAAAUGAAGGGGCGCUGGUUAGUGCUUUGGCCGAUGACAGUAUUCACCUGUGGAACCUGCGACAGAAGAGACCAGCUGUGCUGCACUCACUCAAGUUCAACAAGGAGAGGAUAACGUUCUGUCAUCUGCCCUUCCAAAGUAAAUGGUUGUACAUUGGCUCGGAACGAGGAAACAUCCACAUUGUGAAUGUGGAGUCCUUUACCCUCUCAGGAUACACCAUCAUGUGGAACAAAGCCAUUGAACUGUCCUCCAAGGCCCACCCCGGCCCAGUGGUUCACAUUAGUGACAAUCCUAUGGAUGAGGGCAAGCUCAUAAUAGGAUUUGAGUCUGGGAUCGUGGUGCUGUGGGAUUUGAAAUCAAAGAGAGCUGACUACCGGUACACUUAUGAUGAGGCGAUCCAUUCUGUGGCCUGGCACCACGAGGGGAAGCAGUUUAUCUGUAGUCACUCAGACGGCACACUGACCAUAUGGAAUAUAAAGUCCCCAGCCAAGCCCGUACAGACAAUCACGCCACACGGAAAGCAGCCUAAAGAUGGAAAAAAGCCAGAGCCUUGCAAACCCAUUCUUAAAGUAGAGUACAAGACCACGAGAGCAGGGGAUCCGUUUAUGAUCUUCUCUGGAGGUUUGUCAUAUGACACUGUUGGUCGACGGCCAUGCUUGACAGUAAUGCAUGGGAAGAGCACUGCAGUAUUGGAGAUGGACUAUCCCAUUGUAGAUUUCCUCACCCUGUGUGAAACGCCAUAUCCUAACGAUUUUCAGGAACCAUAUGCUGUAGUAGUCCUCCUCGAAAAGGAUUUAGUUGUUAUUGACCUUGCACAAAAUGGUUACCCUAUCUUUGAAAAUCCAUAUCCCAUGAUGAUUCAUGAGUCUCCUGUGACGUCUUGUGAGUACUUAGCCGAUUGUCCUGUGGACCUCAUACCUGCACUUUACUCUGUCGGGUCUCGCCAGAAACGACAGGGCUACAGCAAAAAGGAAUGGCCUAUCAGUGGUGGAAACUGGGGCCUGGGCACACAAAGCUACCCUGAAAUAAUAAUAACUGGGCACGCAGAUGGUUCAGUGAAGUUCUGGGAUGCUUCAGCAAUAAUGCUCCAGGUGCUGUACAAACUGAAGACAGCGAAGGUAUUUGAGAAGGCACGGUGUAAGGAGGAGAAACCCAGCACAGAGAUUGUGGAUGAGGACCCGUUCGCCAUUCAGUUGAUGUCUUGGUGUCCCGAGAGCCGCAUGCUUUGUGUGGCUGGGGUCUCUGCCCACGUCAUCAUAUACAGAUUCAGCAAACAGGAAAUCACCACAGAGGUGGUGCAGUUACUGGAAGUCAGGUUACAGUAUGAGCUGAAUGAUCUAGAGUCUCCAGAAGGGGGAGGAGAUCAGACACCAGCUCCUCCCACACCAAGCACCUCCCCCAGUCCACAAACCGCCGGCCCUCAGACACACCCUUCCACUAGCAGCAACUCUUCAGAUGGGAUGAGAGACAACAUACCCUGCCUCAAGGUGCGCAGCAGUCCUCUGAAGCAGUCUCCUGGGUAUCAGGUGGAGCUGGUGGUACAGCUGGUGUGGGUCAGUGGAGAGCCGCCCCAGCAGAUCAGCAGCCUGGCCAUCAACUCCUGCUAUGGCUUGGUGGUGUUUGGCAAUAGCAACGGUCUAGCAGUAGUGGAUUACUUACAGAAGACUGUUCUGUUGAAUCUGGGAACUAUGGAAUUGUACGGAUCUAAUGACCCAUACCAGAGACAACUGCGAUCUCCCCGCAAGAGCCGGCAACCUUCUGGAGGGCUUUGUGACAUUAACGAAGGCUCAGCCACCUCAGAGGAUCGCUGCAAAUCCCCCACCUCAGUCUUGUCAAACCAUCAGCAAUUCUACAAUGGAGGAGGGAGAGGAGCAAAGAUGUCACGGAAAUUAAGCUUGCCUACUGAGCUAAAGCCAGACUUGGUCCUACUCUCUGUAUGUCCCCCACGGGGUUCCAUACCCCUAGACAACAGGGACAACUCCUUCAGCCGCUCGCGGAGCUCCAGCGUGACCAGUAUUGACAAGGAAUCACGAGAGGCCAUCACAUCUUUCUAUUUCUGUGAGACGUACACACGCAAAGCAGAUGGCGGGCUUACACCUAGUCUGUGGGUUGGCACGUCCUUGGGCACAGUCUUGGCCAUCUCCCUCAACAUGCCCCCUGCUGGAGAGCAGAGGCUUCUGCAGCCAGUUAUUGUUUCCCCUUGUGGCACUCUUAACAGGUUGAAGGGUAGCGUCCUCCGGAUGGCCUUCUUAGAUUCUACAGGGUCUCUCCUCCCCUCUGCUUUUGAGCCAUGGUAUGAACCCAACGCUCCAGCCAACGGAGAGGAGCGGGACAAGGUCCGUAAGAGACGGCCGGUGUCUGUAUCCCCAUCCACAUCCCAGGAACUGAAUGAAAACCAGUAUGCCGUGGUGUGCUCUGAGAAACAGGCCAAAGUCAUAGCCCUACCCUCUCAGACCUGCGUAUUCAAACACAACAUCACCGAAACAUCUUUUGUGCUGCGGGCAGAUGUGGUACAGAUGAACACUGGCAUUUGUGUGGCCUGCUUCUGUGCCAAUGGACACAUCAUGACCCUCAGUCUGCCAGGGUUGAGACCAUUGCUGGAUGUAAAUUACCUACCCCUGACAAAUAUGAGAAUAGCGAGAACGUUCUGCUUCAGCAACCUCGGCCAGGCCUUGUACCUGACCUCCCCUACUGAGAUCCAGAGGAUUACCUACAGCCAGGAGGUCUGUGAGAACUUACAGGAGAUGCUAGGUGAGCUGUUUACUCCGGUGGAGACGCCUGAAGCUCCUAACAGGGGCUUCUUUAAGGGUCUUUUUGGAGGAGGAGCACAGUCUCUAGACAGAGAAGAGCUUUUCGGCGAGACAGGAGCCGGAAAAGCACCACGUAGUCUGGCACAGCACAUUCCGGGUCCUGGGGGUAUAGAAGGCAUGAAGGGGGCAGCAUCAGGCAUCGUGGGUGAUCUAGCUCGAGCUCGGAUAGCGUUGGAUGAGAGAGGGCAAAAACUGAGCGACGUGGAAGAGCGGACGGCAGCCAUGAUGGCCAGCGCUGACUCAUUCUCCAAACACGCUCAUGAGAUGAUGCUAAAGUGUAAGGAUAAGAAAUGGUACCAGUUCUGAUCUCCGCAAAACAGCAGAGCCCAAAGGGACUCAGGAGUUCUCCUACACAGCCUUGUUCAUCCAUAAUCCUUUUCCCACUCUCGUCUUUAUCUCUCCUCUGCUGGACCAGUGGGAUCCCUCGCUCUUUCCUAGCACAAUAUUAAAUACAGUCUGCUUACAGAACUGAGGCACUGACUGAGAGCGGCCCCAAUCUGAGGAAUGCCAUACCAUGAUGGCGUCCACUCUUCGGUUUUCGUUUGUUCGUUUAAUAUCGCCAAUCCUCUCUCAUGGUGGCUGGGCUUUGCAGGCCCUGAAAUUCCAUUUCUUCUCUCAGCCUUUGAAAUGUUUUUGUGCUGUUGUUUUUUUGCAAUCAUGUCCUGCCUCCCACAUCGGAGAGCAGUAAGUAGUCAAAAAAAGACAGACAGACUAAACAAAAAAUACAACAACUAAACAACAAACAUAAAAAUCUAAAAAAAAAAAAAAAAAAAAGAAUAUAUAUAUAUACAUAAUUCUAUAUAAAUCUCCAUCAAAGUCUGUAAAAAUGCCAUAUUCGCUACUGUCAUAAGUGAAACUGAAAUACGAAGACACCAGGUGAAGCAUGGGAAGAGCUCCAUUCACAGGAAAUGAUGUUAUAAUGUGGAGGAGUCAAACCUUUCAGAAGAAGAGAGAACAUCUCCCUUCUCCAAAAAUGUACCCAGUAUAUUUCCCAAUUUAUCCCUUUUGGUUUAAUUCCCAUUUGAAUAUUUAUUUAUUUAUUUGUAUUAUUUUUUUAUUUAUUUAGCAAAAUGUAAAUGUCUGCUUGAAUAUAAAAUGCUGUUUGAGUGAUCUUUUUACAAAAUUAUUGUGAAUAUCAGUACAAUAAUGCUUUACAUUAAAGUACCAUCUUGAGGGUUUAUAAUUAGUUGACAUGAGAAGGAUUUACAUAGUAAAUGAAUGAAUUAAGAAAUAACUAUUUGUAAACCAACUGUGAGUGAUUUAAUGAUGGUAUUUUCAUGUGAUACAUUAUACAGAUGUUUGAACUUUCUGUGAAACUCUGUACAGGAAAUAUCUGGUCUGAACAGAGUUGUGGAAGAAAGUAGGCAAAAUUAUGGUUUCAAAUUAUCCAUCUUUUUUGGGGGGUAGACAGCCAUAUAAACCUCAACAGCUAGAACAUUUGUUGUGACUGAAAAUGACGUCGCAGUCUCUUUAGUGUUGGCUCUGGGAUUUGAUUUUGUCCAUUAGACCAGCUUUCUCAUCCCUGCAUACUGCGUAGAUUAAACCGCUUGAACAUAUAGAGAUUGUACUUUAGUAAAUGUUUUGGUCCACAUUUCAUUUGUUACAUAAAAAGCACUUACUGUUGAAAACGGCUCUAUUCAUACCUGGAAAUUUGGACCGGUUUUCCAGCUCUAAUCUUUGGUGACUUGAUUACAGACGUGAAAUAGGGUUGAACACUUUCACUGGCUUGGGAACAAUAUUCAUUGUAGUUCUGAAUGUCAGGAAGACAUAACAUGUUUCUAUCUGAGGGGCUGUUUACACGACACCAUUUUCAACUAAAAACGGAAAACUUUUUAUGCGUUUUGGCCAUUCAUUUACACGACAACGACGUUUUGGUGGCCUGAAAACGCAAACUUUUGAAAACGGGUUUCAAAGUGCAAGUUUUUGAAAAUGGUCUCCGUGUAAAGAACAAAAACGCGAAUCUGUGAAAGCGAUGACAUCAUGCACAUGCGCAUUAAAUGUUCAGUCUAUAGUGUUCCAUCGCCAUCUAAUGGCCUGCCAGCAGAAUACAGCGUUUUUAUUCGUUUUCACGGAUUCGUAUGGAUGGGGAUCGUUUUGACAAUGGUGUCGUCUGUACGCGGUAAACUCAAAGGAAAAAUUUCUCCGUUUUAAGCAUAUCGUUGUCGUGAAAAUGUACCCUGACGGUACUGGUUUCACUCUGGUGCUUCAUGUGUAAUGCAGUAAAUGCACAGAACGUACUUCAAGAUCAUCUACAUCUGUGAAAACACUAACAAUGAGUGUUAGCUGUACAUUCAAAACCAGAAAACUAAAAAGUAACACUAAAUACAAAAAAAGUGUACGGUAAAUGUCUUUCUUGUCCCAUUUCUCCCUUGAAACCACAUUUUAGUGCCAUUAUAUUUAUUUGUGGUUUGCAAGAAAUGCUGCUAUAUAUGUUGCAUUGAUCACACGAGCCAUUGUCGUUCGAGAUACUGAUUCUCACUUGCCUCUCUGCCCAAAGUUUUUCGCCAUUCUGUGAAUGAAGUAGUUCGACAAUCUGGGAGCAUCAAUCGCGAGUGAGCGUCGCCAUACUGACCCUAAGACAGUUGCCAUAUAUUUUCAAACGCCAAAGAUUUUCUUUCAUUGAGUUCUGUAUUCCAUUCGACAGCUGUUUGUGUCUGAAGUACCACUGCAUCCAGUAACAGUGUUGAGGACUUUUCUGAUGUUUUUGGCUGUGUGCUAGUCUGCCUUUCGUGUGUUUCGUAUGCCGUACUUCAAACAAAGAAAAAUGGGGGAAAAAAGAAUUACAAAACAAAUGAAGCCAAUCUCUCUCAGACUCUAAAUGUUUCUCUGUGUUGGACUCUAUAUUCUCUGUAAAUGUGUUUUCAUGCCAUGGUGUUAUAGUGUUUCUGAAGACCAGGUUUGUUUUUGAAUAUCUCGCUCGUAUGUCAUCUCGCCUGAUUAACUAAUUCAAUUAUAUUUGUACAAUGUGUAUUUUUCUCUGCAGUACUGUAUUUCCCUGAAUAGAUAUCCUUGUCAUAUUUUUAAUCAUCGAUUAUUAAAAAUUAUUUUUAUAUAUGCUUUGAGGAGGACGUAUUUUGAGCUCAUUGCGCUCUGUCACUUGUCUUCAUGUCUUUGUUUUCUGUUGUUUGUUCACGACAGGGUGAUUUUUGAAUUGAACAUGAGUGAGUGAGUGAGCGUUCCCUUGAAAUUCCUGCAUACAUGAAGUAUGUGAGAAUGCGUCAAACAAGGUGAAGGUCUUCAGAGGACCAGUAGGUUCGUUAUUUGAAAAAAGCCGUUCGUUGAUGAGUAAUGCUACAUUUUAAGCCCCAACGUGGUUGAUAUUUACAAUUUAAAACCAAAAAUUACUUUUCAACAUGUAAGCUCAUGUACAUUGGUUACUCGUGAGAUAAUUCCAGGAAAGAUUUGAUGUCCUAGGUUGCUAUUUUGUCAUUGUCAAUUAAUAAACAAAAGUAUCCAAUCAGCCGUGUUGAACUGUAAUGCUGUAAAUGUCAGUAAUAAGUGUUCAAACUCCAGCAGAAUUUAUUGAUCACACCUUUAGUUCAUUCAUGUCUGUUUCAUAGAGGUUUCAGAGUCACUCUGGAUGUGAACCUGGUUGUUUGCCCUUUGUAAUCUUUCAUGACUAAGGAGAAAAAAAGGUUCCUGUUGCUUUCUUGGCUUUAAUUUUAUCUAUUCAUUUUGUAAUGUUUCAUGUUGACUUUAAGUGAAUCGUUUUAUUUGUCUCAGACAGAACAUUCUUACCUGAAAUAUUACACUUUUAACAUGCAGAAGAGCCUCAUUCAUUUUCUGUCCUGAAUAUAACGGUUAUCAGUGGGUUGCAGUAUUUUCUCAUUGUAGCCAAUUUCUUGUACAGUUUUAUGCAAAUUUCACAUGGAUGUUUAUGACUAUCUGCUGCCACAAACAAUUUAGAAUUUCUGUAGAUAGAAAUUACUGUGCAAUGGAAAAUAAAACAAUUUAAAAAUG